CUAGAUAUUACAUACAGCUAUAUGAUUCCUAGAUUCAUCUAAGUGCGGUGGUCAUCUACGGCGCAACAUUUCUCGGAUUCUUGCAUAGUUGGUUUUGGGAGUUUGAGACUGAUCAAUCCUCGUCCCCAGUAGUAUAUCCACAACCGCUCUGUCACUGUUAGAAAACCAAAAGCUACAACGAAACAUCUCUCUCUCUCUCUCUCUCUCUCUCUCUCUGUAAUGAUAUAAAGUAGCAGUAGUAGUAACGGAAAAGAGAGAAAUGGGUUUUUAUAAUUCUGCUAUAAAUGCUCCUUUGCUUCCUUGGCAUCCAUAACUAUCUGUGUCUUUCUCUUUUGGUGCUUUUCCCCAUUCUUUCCAUUACAUAACUGACCUCCCAAGCAAAGAAGCCUGAGAACAGGCAUACAAUACCUCCUCCAAUUUCUUUUCCCAUGAAGUUUGUUUUCCUUGCACACUGCACUUCUCUUUUUACCAUACUCUCUUUUUCUCUCUCUAUCUGCACUUGAUCAUCAACGCCGCAAAAGCCAUACCCAGAUUCCAAAAUCAGAUCUUGUAGUUCAAAUGUCUAAGAACCCAUCUCAGCAGGACCAUGAAACGGUGCAAUUCUCUGAAAUCUUUAAGAAAUUCAAGCGUUUGAGACUUUUUGAACCGUCUGUAGGUGUUUUGGGGUUCUUUUUGGUUACAGUUUGUGUGAUUUGUUGCUUCUUUUAUUUAGAUUUCAAGUCUGUAAUUAAUAAGGGGUAUAGAGUUCCUGGUAAAUCAGAGAGGUUUAUGUGGUUGCAGAUUAAUGGGUUAGGUCCGAGUAGAAGACUUGAGUUUUGGGGACAGGAGGGUGAUGGGUGUGAUGUGUUUGAUGGGGAUUGGGUAUGGGACGACAGUUACCCUUUGUAUCAUUCUAAGGAUUGCAGCUUCUUGGAUGAGGGGUUCAGGUGCACCGAAAAUGGCAGGCCUGAUUUGUUCUAUACCAAAUGGAGAUGGCAACCCAAGCACUGCAACUUGCCCAGAUUUGAUGCUAAAAUGAUGUUGGAGAAACUGCGCAACAAACGGCUAGUGUUUGCUGGAGAUUCAAUUGGAAGAAAUCAAUGGGAGUCCCUUCUGUGCAUGCUGUCUUCUGCAGUUCCUAAUAAGGACUCAAUCUACGAAGUGAAUGGAAGUCCAAUCACCAAGCAUAAAGGAUUUUUGAUUUUCAGGUUUCAGGAUUAUAAUUGCACUGUGGAGUACUAUAGAGCUCCAUUUCUUGUAUUGCAGAGUCGGCCUCCUGCUGGUGUUCCAAGAAAUGUUAGACUAACACUAAAAUUGGAUCAAAUGGAUUGGAACUCUGGCAAGUGGAGAGAUACUGACGUGCUGGUCCUCAACAUGGGCCAUUGGUGGAACUAUGAUAAAACCAUAAGAGGAGGUACCUACUUUCAAGAAGGGACAGAGGUGAAAUUGGAAAUGGGAGUUGAACAGGCAUAUCACAGGUCAAUUGAGACUGUAUUGCAAUGGAUACACAAUGAAGUGAAUACAAGCAAGACCCACGUUUUCUUCCGUACAUUUGCCCCUGUGCAUUUCAGAGGUGGAGACUGGAGAUCAGGGGGAAGCUGUCAUUUGGAGACACUGCCGGAGCUUAGUUCAUCAUUGGUGCCAUCUCAAACAUGGACCCAAUACAAAAUAGCUGCUGAUGUGCUAUCAGCUCAUUCAAACCAAGAACUGAAAUUUGAUAUCCUGAAUAUAACCAGGAUGUCUGCACAAAGGAAAGAUGGGCAUGCAUCUGUAUACUAUCGGCAUUCCCAACCCACGUCUUUUCGUCGACAAGACUGCAGCCAUUGGUGCCUGCCUGGGGUCCCUGAUUCAUGGAAUGAGCUCCUUUAUGCAUUGCUAUUAAAGCACAAAGCAAUGAAGACAUACAACAUAUCCUCGUAUAAAGCACACAGUUCUGAUUAAGAGAAAAAAGAAACUCUUUAUGUAUAUUCCAUUACCAGCACUGAAGGCAGUAUGCAGAUGCUUAGAAAUGACUCCAAUUUCUCCUGCGGUGGAUAGAAGAAAGAAAAUGCACAUUGAAUUUUGUUGUAGUUUGGCAGUAAGAUUCAGAAAACAGCCAUUAGAUUUUGGAUUUUGAUAGCGAUUAAACUUACAAGAUGAGUGAACAUUUGCACUGGAUAAAGACUAUUGAUCAAAGGAGGCGACUUGCAGAAGAUUUUUUGGAGAAUAAAUUACUGAACUAUAGGGUAUAUUCAAGAACACGAUCAAGUUGUGUAAUUUCGUGGAGGAAAAUGUAAUUAGCGAUUCUUUGUUUCUUAAUAUUAAUACUCCCCCUUCUUUUU